AUGCAGCUGACCAUGAUGCGGUCCGGUCUGCGCGCGGGCGUCCGCCCUCAGGCGUCGCGCGCCAGGUCUGUUGCGGUGCGCGCCGCCGCCGACCGGCCAACCUGGUACCCCGGGGCCGAGCCCCCGAGCUACCUGAACGGCACCCUUGCCGGUGACUACGGCUUCGACCCCCUGCGCCUGGGCGCCAACCCUGAGAGUCUGAAGUGGUUCCGCGAGGGCGAGCUGACCAACGGCCGCUGGGCCAUGGCCGCGGCCGCGGGCAUCCUGUUCACUGACCUGGUUGGUCUGCCCAAGUUCUGGCUGGCCGGCGCCGAGACCUACGCCUUGGACAACAAGACCCUGGCCCUCAUCGAGGUGGUGGUGCUGGGCUUCGCCGAGGCCAAGCGCUACGAGAGCUUCAAGAAGACCGGGGAGAGCGGUGCCUUCGGCAUCGUUCCCUUCGACCCCCUGGGCAUGAAGAGCGCCGACACCCAGCUCAAGGAGAUCAAGAACGGCCGCCUUGCCAUGCUGGCGGUUGUUGGCUUCGCCAGCCAGGCCGCCGUCCGGGGGACCGGCCCCAUCCAGAGCCUCACCGACCACAUCGCCGACCCCUGGAACAACAACAUCUUCACCUCGAGCGUCGGCCCCGAGUCGACCGUGGCUGUGGCGGCCCUGGCCGUGUGGCCAAUGAUCAUCAACGCCACCAAGGCGCUCAAGGGCGACCAGAAGGACUCCGUCCCCACAUUCCCCUGGACCCUCUAA